AUGAGGUUACUUCAGAGCAAAUCGUCGAAUGGCCCAACGCGUCCAAUGGGCGUACCCCUUCCUCGCCGGAAGAGCUCUGGCUUCAAACUGGAAAAAGGCAUUGGUAUUGAUCAUGUUAAAGUUGGAAUGAAGAUGGUUGCGAGUCUCGCGGAAGGGAUUGACUUUCCUGGCUUGAAGGGCGCUGCCUUCCUGGCGUAUGAGAUAGUGGAAGUGGCCGACACGGUGAAAACGAACAAGGAAGACUGCCGCUUCGUAGCAGAAUGCGUCUGGCGCUUGAUUGACGCGCUCGUUGACUCCUCCGCGCGGUCCAAAACGAUGGUCUCCAACGCGCGUCUAACAGAGGAUAUAAAUCGUCUCGGCAGGGAUCUUGAGAGAAUCAAAUUUAUUCUUCAGCUCGUUGCCUCGCGGAGACUCUUGGGUCGAAUAUUUUACCACGAAGCGGACCAGAAGCAGAUCGCAAGAUGCAAGGAUAUGAUUGAUACGAGCCUACGCGUGUUCUCGGUAUACACGGGAAUUCAACUACGGACCGAUGUCUUCGAGUUGAAGAUUCGGCAUACAUCUGACGGAGACCCGAUCCUCACAAAGUCUGUACAAAUAUCGCGAGUACCGCCACCGAAGCCUCGUGUAUUCGUCGGGCGCGACCAAGUAGUCAACGAAGGCAUCGCGAUUAUCUGCGACGCAGUGCGGAACCAAGUGGGUGCGAACGUCGCGAUUCUAGGAACCGGUGGAAUUGGCAAAACAUCCCUUGCCCUCGCAAUUCUACACCACGACGAAGUGCAAACUUCCUUGAAUGGGCGGUGCUACUUCGUCCCAUGUGACGCUAUAAACAGCGUCAGCGCGUUGAUCCACAGUAUUCUGCAAGUCUUAGAUGCACCUCCUGGAUCUGUCACGGAUUUGAUAUCCGCUCUGCACAGAUGUCUUGAGUCAUCGGACCCGCUGUUGCUGAUAUUGGACAACUUUGAAACUCCCUGGUACGAAGUCACAUCCCGUACGCAGGUUGAGUCUGUGCUGGCUAGGAUUGCCGCUAUUGCCAAUGUCACAUUGAUGAUUACUAUCAGAGGGCUGGAGCUCCCUUCUGAGAUACAAUGGAUUACUCUGCCUGUCCGCCACACUCAUGGCCUCCCUGCGUUGACAUUGGAGGCAGCAAGGGAAGCAUUCUGGGCUCAUAGCGCGGCGACACCAUCUGCAGAUCCUGAAUCUCAGCGAGCACUGGAUACUCUUUUGGAGGAGUUGUCCUUUGUACCACUUGCUGUCAAACUUGUCGCCCAUGCAGGGAAGCAACAACCACCAGAGUUGUUGCUCAAGCGGUGGCGGAAAGAGCGAAACGCUUUGGCGGAAGCUCACGGAGAUAAACAUGACCAUCUUACAAGCAUUGACUAUUCUAUUAGUCUGCUUGUCAAUUCUCCCAUUUUGGCUGGUCAGAAGGAUGUAAAGCAGUUUCUUGCAUUGCUAGCCAAUCUGCCAGAUGGAAUUCCAGAUUGGACCAAGAAUCUUGAGCAUAUGGCUCCUCAGUUUACCAAUCCAAUGAGAUUGGCUGAUGUUGUGCAAACUGCCACAUUGGUGUAUCCUGAUAGCUCUGGUGCUCUGAAAAUGCUAUCACCCAUUAGGCAUCAUAUAUUGGAUAGUUACUCUCUGGAUAGUGCACAUUUGGCUGGACUGGAGUCCUACUACAUCACCUUGGUGAACCAACAUGCUGCUAGGUCUGGUGCUGGAUUGAUGACUGCUGUUCAAAUUCUGUCACCCCACAUAAACAAUAUCAUGAGUGUCAUGAGAUCAGCUCUAAGGCAACAUCCAUCCAAGGUUCUGGUCAAUGCCACCUUGAAGAUGUCAUAUUUUCUGUAUGAAGUCAGACCUACAUGUGACCUUCUUGAGCAGAUGGUGAAGGUCUUGAAGGUUGUAGAUAUGGCAGAGAUGGAGCCAGUGGCAUAUCAUGUCAUGGGAGAUAUUUGGUGUAGGGAAGGGAAGUUUGUAGAGUCCAGGGAAAGACUAGAGAAGGCAUAUGAACUUUUCAUCGCAGCGGGGAAUGAGAAUGGACAGAGUCAAUGCCUCCAAAGCUUAGCAGAGCUGUGUCUGCGGGAGAGCAAAUACUCAGAAGCUGAGGUCAAGAUUCAUCAAGCUCUUGUAAUAUACCAAAGCACAAACAAUGCACUCGGAAUCGCGCAGUGCCAGCGCCGGCUUGGGGAGCUACUCUUCAGCAGCGACCGAUACCCCGAAGCUAGAGAGAGCUUUGAAGAUGCCCUCCAGAAGUUCGAGAAGAUCAAUGACAAAUUUGGCAGCGCGCAAUGCCUCAGAGGUCUCGGUGAAGUGCUACGUGUUGAAGACGAGUACGCGGACGCGCGGGAGAUGCUAGAGAAAGCAUACGUGGAGUUCAAGACACUCGGAAAUAUGUUCUGGCAAGCUCAGUGCUUGAAGAGCCUCGCAGAUCUGUUAUUGCGAGAAGAUAAGUACAAAGAAGCGAGUACAACAAUCGAGGAAGCCGAAGCUCAGUUUCAUCAAAUCCGCAACGCACUAGGCUUAGCGGAAUGCCAUCAGACUCAGGCAGAGUUACUGCAGCUCGAGGAUAAGUACCUCACGGCCAAAGAGCUGUUCACCGUCGCAUGCAAGGAGUUCAAGAAGAUCGGGGCGCCACUGGGCGAGGCGAAAUGCUUGAAAAGCAUCAGCGAGAUUCUGUUGGUCGAAGACGACGUCACGGAGGCUAGACGGACACUCGAGCAAGCCCAAGAGCUCUUCAACAAGAUCGAGAAGCCGUUCUACAGCGCCCAGUGUCUCCAGGGGUUGGGGGAACUUCUUAGUAUGGAAGAGAACUAUCCGGAAGCCGAGGCGAAGCUAAAGGAGGCGGUCGAGGAAUUCGUUCGACUUGACAACCAGAUCGGAGAAGCACAAUGUUUAAAGACGCUCGGGAACAUCUUGCAGCUAGAAGACAAGUACUCAGAGGCAAGCGAGGUCCUAGAGCGAGCUUUCGUGCUAUUCGACGAUAUCGAGGAUACUUUGGGCGAGGCACAAUGUCUGCGAAGCUUGGCUGAAGUUCUUCGGCUGCAGGGUAAGUAUGCCGAAGCCCACGAAAAAGUCCAGAAAUCGCACGAAGCUUCCUCAAGAAUUGGUGACUCGCUCGGUAUCGCCCAGUCUUUGCAAGUCUUGGGCGAGAUUCUGAGAAUGGAGGGAAAGACUACGGAGGCGUUUGGGAAGCUCCAAGAAGCGCUGGACUUGUUCGACUCUAUCGGGGACGCCGUGGGAGCAGAGCAGGUCGAGGAAACUCUGCAAGCUAUGAAAGAAGGGAUCUAA